UCUUUUAUGCAACCAUUUCAACUUUCCAUGACUGAUUAUUAUAUUGCGCGCACUGUUGCCGUCGCUUCCACUGGUAUUUUGACUGGCUUUGGUUGGACGCUUAACACGGUAACCGUUCCGGCUAUUCAAGCUACAUCGGAUCCCGUACCAGCAUUCGUCCGUACCUACAAAAAUGCAAGCAAAUUUGCGGUCAGUCAUAUUAUCAUAGCAGCUGUUUCCAAUGGUUUGUGUUAUUACCAGAAUCGCCAAAGUCGUUACUUUUACGGUAUGAUCUUCUCCGCCGCACUCGUUCCAUUCACUAUACUGUUCAUCAAGCCGAUCAAUGAUCAACUAUUUGCGCUGGAAGGCAAAGAAAACUACGAUAGGAAGAAAGCUUACCAACUUGUCCAGCGCUGGAACAAGCUACAAUGGUUUAGAACUUUAUCCAGCACCGUUGCCUUUGUAUUCACACAUAUGUAACUGCGACGUUGUUUGGGAAGUACGCGCAUUCGAAGAGCGUUUUAAAAACCCGUCAACUACUCAUGUUUUCACCGUGUAUGCUGUUAUGGUUCAAUAUGCUAUGCAGCUAAUUUCAAGUACACCUUCUGAUAUAUGCAAAUAAAACGUAGUAUCAUCAAUCCAUGACAAA